AUUAUGGGAAGUAUUAUAUGACGUGUUAGUAUAUAUUUCUGUUGUUUUUCAACAAUUCACAAGAUAGAAAAAAAUCCUAAGAUGAAGCUGAUAUUGCCCUGUUGUCUAGUUGCAUUAUUGGUGCUUGAAUAUGUACAAGGAGCACCUUCUUUACCGAAAGCCACAGUCAAGAACACUGGACCAAGCUGUCCUAGAUAUCCUGUCAGAUAUGAGGAAGACUCGUUGGUCAUUGAGAUUGAAAAGGGGGAGUGUGAAAUGGUCAUAGCAUCUGUGAACAUGCACGAAAAGAAUGCAGAUAAAGUGAAGUCUUUUAGAAAACGUGUAAAAGCUGUAUUGAGAAAAGUAAACAUGCCCACUGUUUCCUUUCGUUCUUUAAUGACUAUUUCUGAAGUGGGAUCCAGUCGUACGCCUAGUGAUGGAACAAGCGACAAUGCAGUUCCUGGCAGUCAAACCUCUAAAAAAUCUAAAAUAACAGUCAUCAAUCCUGAUAUAGGGUUGCCAAAUCCAGGACAGGAAGUUGCCAAUAAAUGUACGAAAACGAACUACAGAUUUGUUGGACCUGUUUUAAUUAUCGACACGGUCCCUGGAGACUGUCAGAUGAUGAUAGUUGCACAUGGAAAAAGAAAGAAUAAAGUGUUCAAACGUCUGAAUAAAAAGGGAAAACCAAUAAGACCAAGGAAAAAGAUCAUGUUUGAAUAUAUCGACGAACAAUUUUUCUGACCACCACAACAUAAUAAUUCUAUGAAAUCCGUUGUACCAUUUGUAAAUUUUUGAAUAAAAUAUAUA